AUGUCACGCAUAACUUUCCUUUUUUCACUCUCCAUUUUAUUCUUUUUUUUCCUUCUCCCUGGGCAAAAUGCAUUAACAAUCGAUGAUGACAAAAAUAAAAGGGCUACCCUGCUGGCCCUACUGAAAAACACCUUUAUCGAUAAUAAGGGGAAUAAAAAAUCAGACGACAUAAAAGGUGCAUUGGAAAAUAUAAAAAAUAUGACUUUACAGCCCACAGAUACAGACAAGUUUGACAAAUUUUUGGAUCAGUUUUUAAAAUUUUUUCAGAUUUAUGUAACUUUCAGUGAUAAGGACAAAAGGGUUUUACACCUCUCUGGGGUUUUAAAUGAUGUGUACGUAGACGUAGAUUCCCUCAGCAAGGAAAACCUCCAGAAACAUUUUGACAGUCUUUACGAAAAGGGACUCAAUUUGAUUAAUUUAAUCGUACACAGUAAUUUGGUGCAUCCCAAAUAUGAUGAAACGGAGAUGCAUGGAGUGGAUGCUGAAGAGAAGGAUCAUGUCUCUGAUAAUUACGCCGAGAAUAUUAAAGGACCCGCUCACUAUGAAGAAAGCCAAGAGUACGAGGAGAUGCCUGAAUAUGCUGAUCACUACCACUAUGGUGGCAAUAAAGAGGACCCAGAUGAUAUGGAUUAUGAAAAUGGUGAAGAGUACGAUGCGCAGAAGUAUCAGGACGAUCAUUACCAUCACGAUGAGGACUACGAAUACGAAGAACAGGAUCAUGCCAACCAUGACAACCAUAACGACCAUGACGACCAUAACGACCAUGACGACCAUAACGACCAUGACGACCAUAACGACCAUGACGACCAUAACGACCAUAACGACCAUAACGACCAUGACGACCAUAACGACCAUAACGACCAUGACGAUGAGGAAGAGAAACAGAAAAUCAAAUACGUAGGAAAGAAGCUCAAAAAUUUGCUAGCCAUGAAAAAUAUUAAACUGAAUAACAACUCCACUGGUGAAUUUAAAGUGAAUUUCUACACGAACUACAUGAAUUACAUAAACACCCCAUACGUUGAACCCCCAUUUCCCUUUCAUAAGGAUAUCUACGAAUACGCCGAGGUCUAUUCAGGUGAUAAGAUCUACCCAAAGGAUCACAAGGAUGACAACAUUUACUAUGGCGGUGAGAAUGAGCUGAUACCACAACAUGUAAAGGGGGAAAUGCAGAAAGAGGCGCUACAGGAAGGGUCAUACCAUGGAUACAAAAGCACAAUGAAGGGGAUGUACGAAAAUAUUAAAAAGAGGUCAGGCAAAAAGGAAUGUAAAAGCGGAUGGUGUGGGAAGAAAAUGGCGGGAAAAUAUCAAAUGAUGCACGACAACAACUGCAACAAUGACGAAAACAACGAUGGCAACGAUCACGAUGACCAUGACGAAGAUGACCAACUGCAGAAUGAGUUACUUCACCAAGGCCAUGGAACAAAAAAAAAGUCUAAAUGUGCCCAUAACAAUAAAAAACUUCAUGGGCAAAACGUGGACGAUAAGGAAAUAACUGACAAGGCACCAGCGGAAAAGGAAAAAAAAGGCAUCGACUUUUCUUAUACGUAUCACAACCCGUAUUACAUGUUCAAGUUGGGAAGUAGCAUGCCAACUGGGAAGGGGGGGCAUCUGAAAGGGGGAAAGGACGAUAAGGAGGAGGAAGAAGAAGAAGUGGAUGACGAAAACGGAAUGGAGAAGAAUAUCGAAGGGGAAAGCGGCGCGAACACUUUCGUAAAUACACUUCUAGAACUGGAAGGCUAUGUACAGCCCAAAGAAAGCGAACACAGCGAACUGAAGGAGGAUAAAAAUACUCUUGGACAAAGUAACAAAAACAGACCCAUAUACAAAAAAAAAGAAAUGAAGAGCAGAAAAAUGAAAACAAAGAAAGACAUUCCAGAUGAAAAGAUAACAGAAAAGGUGAAAGACACCAUGUACGUUAAAGUAGGACAAAAUGGAACAAAUGGAUUCUUAAAUUUUUUCGAUUUUAGAGAACAUUCAUUAAAAAAAAAUUUCGAAGAUCUCUUAAAAGUGAUGGAAUUCUUAAAGGUAUUUAAUAUAACAGAGACGAUUAUUUUUAUUGAGAAAUUCACACAAUCUGUGUGUGCAUCAUACUGCAUGGGAAUCACAGAUGUGUUAGAACUAGUAAAUAAUGACAUGCUAUUGUAUGAGAAGAUGUCUUUCCACUUCCAUAAGAAUGGUAUGAUUGUUACGACUAAUUCAAAUUACGAAUUUAAUGGCAUAGAAUUUGAAAGUUUGCUAGAUUUGCUAAAUAUAAAUAAAGAAACAAUACCUCUUAUUUGCCCUUGUAAAUCUUACACCAACAAUAUUAUCAGCUACUGUCAGCAGUACAAAUACAAUAUGAAGGGAUAUUUCACCCAGUCGAAUAAUUCGGAAUACUUGGAAAAGUUCGACGCUUAUUAUCUGUUGGAGGAUUUAAUUCUUCUCGAGGAAAAAUUGAAUGAUAUUAAAAAGAAUGGAAAAAUAUCUUCAGAUAAGUUUGUGAACAUUUUGGAUAGUAAGGAUCUCUACACGACGGCCUACUACCACAACAGCAGGUACUUCCCCCCCCUCAGGACGUGCAGCGCAUCUACCACUGCACCUGUAAUUAACGUCAGCGAUAAAAGCGCACCUAACCUCGCUAGCGGAUUUGGAGAAAAGGUGGUUGAUGAAAUAGGUCUAAGCAAACACGGAAGCAACAAAGCAGGUGUGGCCACUGGUGACAAGCUUACGUACCCGGACGUAGACGCAUUAAACAUCUACUACAACGCUUCCCCCGUGAACCUGAAAAAUAUCCAAGAUGUUAAGAGCGUGCUCAUUGAUGAAGUGAAGUCGAAAAUAUUUUACAUAAACUCGUACCGAAUAGGAAACCAGUUUUUCCCUACGUACAGCAAUCAAGGCAAAGACGAUCACGAUUUGGAAAUUAUGCAGUCGGAUAAUUCUUCAAAAAUGAAUGUGGAAGACAAGACCAAUAAACGAAUCCCCAAGUUGGGCCACUUCGUGGUGCCCAAGCUGGAGUCUGUGCAGAAGCACUCCAAGGAGGAAAACAAAAAUGCAUGCAUCGGUGGAUGUAGCGAUGAUAGCAGCGAUGAUUGCAGCGAGGAUGAUGAAUCCCACGUGAAGCAUGGAAUCGUUGGUAACAGCGACUUGAUUCCGUUGAAAAGCCCUCCCAACCACGAAGACUUUUACAACGCGAAAAAGCUCCAGAUGAACCUUUUUGACCAUGGGGGAAAUAAAUUGAACGAAAAGGAAAUGGAGGAAAAGGACGGAUUUAUUUUGAAGUUCACCUCCUUGGAGAAGGGCGCUCGUGCGAAUAAGGCGCCUGAAACAGUUGAGAAGAACUCCGACGAAGGUGACAAUCAGAAGAUUGAUGGAGGUGUUACGACCGGUGGGGAAGACCAAGCGGAAACGGAGAACGACGAACAUUCUGUGGACUCCCUUAAACUGCUGAACAAAAUGGAAAAAACGUACUUACAUAAGAAGAAAAAAACGAUAAGCGCCAAGUAUUUAAUUUAUUUUUUUAAAAAUGUACAUGUUUGGAAAACGGGCGAGUAUUGCCAAAAUAUGAACUACAUAGAUAAAUUCUUAAAGAGCAUUAAUUACAAAGAAGAAAUAACAUUCCAGGAACAUCUAGACCAGGACUCUGUAGUGCUCCAGUUCACCUCCAGUUUGAAAAACAUAUACAAAGUGGACAUGGAUUACUUCAUAUUCUUGUUGCAAAAAAUCUCACUCAUUAUGUACGUGGAAGAUCUGUGUGAAAUUUUCCAGAUAGAAGAAAUGAAGCAAAAUAAAAAAAUUGACAAAUACAUAGAAAACGAAGCAAACAUUGUCAACUUUAUAGAAAAACACCUUAUGUUCUCACAUGAACAAUAUUCGAAGAAGAAUAAAUAUGCAAAGGAAUUAUCCAUAAUUUCUACUUCCAAUUUAUUUUCUUCCAAAAAGGAUAUUAUUCUAAAUAGUCAGCCAUACAACAACAUUGUAUUUAACGAAAAGGAGAUUUAUGAAUCACUUUUCAUUUACAUGGAAGAUGUGUUAACAGAACGAAUGAUGAAUGCAACGUGGUUGACGCCAUAUGGAUUCAUCUUGUACAAGCAGCCUUCAAAAGAUUUAAAUAGUUACAAAUUAAAAAUAGCACAAAAUGAAUUCAUCACAAAAUUUUCCAGAAGCGCUAUAGAUAAAUACAUGUAUUAUGAGUACAGAAAAAUUAGCAACAACAUUGUACAGCACCAUGUAGAAUUAAGCCCCAAAUUGGGUGAGAAUUUGGCUGAACCCAAGGAAUACAAAUUAAUCAUUUAUAAUGAUAAUCCAUCCAUGACUAAUAUUAUAAUUACGACCUCUAUUAACGUUCUGAAUAUUUCCUUCUUGCAUAGCUUGUUAGAGAUUAUUUUAGACAUUAGGGCUACUCAGCAAUUCUUUUCCUACAAGGGAAGGUUCAUUCCCAUAAACGCCUUCAUAAUUUUGGAUGAGGGGGUGAACUAUCUCUUCUUUAAUUACGCUCCGAAUGAAAACCACAUCAACGAGGAAGCGUGA